AUGCAUCCAGUACAUGGCCAUUCACUUGUUACACUCACAAAGAUUACCUCUCUUCAUCACUUUAUCACACCCAAUUUGUCUACUCGUGCCUGGUCUAACUCUUUUCCGAGCAUCUCAAGUGGUGGCCCCAUCUAUAGCAGUCCUGUCAUUGGCUCCAAGGCUGAACAGCUUGCCACCUUGUGGAAAAAAAGUCAAUGGAAAUGUGCUGUGACUUUGAGUGCACUCAAGGCUCAAGCGGCUGACAAGGACCUGCACACACAAGCAGCCCUUCAGGCCAGCCACACAGGCAUAUUUGACAAAAUCUUAAACAGAUUGACACAGGCUGGUCUCAUAUUUGGGGACCUGAUGGUUUAUGUAUUUGAUCCACAUGCAGGCCAAAGAAUGCACAGGUGGGAUGGAUUUUUCAGAGUCAGAGGGAUAGCACGUACCAUCUUGGAUUUCUGGGCCUCCAAGGCUAAUAGUCAGAGCGGCCAAAGAGAAGUACAGGACUGGGCAUUGGAUUAUAUAUGCCAUACUGCCAAAAAGGAAGCCCGUCAAAUCACUGAAUCAGGACACCUCCAAAGUCAUAAGAAGGCUAUCAACGCCAACUUUUUCCUUGGCUUCAACCUCAAAACUAUACGGAUGUCACUAACUAGGGCAGCAAAAAAACAGAUGACUUUGUUAAGCACUUCGUGCAUAACACUCACAGAAUAUAGUCAGGAUAAUAAUGUCCUCAAGAAAGUCUCAGGCUUGUACCUAUAUGCAACUGGAGCACAACAUCAGGCAAUUUUAGUAGCCUCUCACCUCAGCAUAUCUGAAAGUUAUACCAAUAUAAUUCAAAAACCACACGUUAUCCAUACCAAGCUGGCAAGUGACAGAUCAGCAAAAACCUUUCCUGCACAUGUAUGGAAGUCAGGGACUUUGAGAUUCUUGUCAAGCUCAAUGUGUGAUGCAACCCAUGAUGUGGUAUUUUCUGGUUUAUUUGCAGUGGUAUAUGACAAUAUAAACAUGAUGUUUUGCGUUGCAGAACAAAUUGUUGGGAGAAAUGACUCGCAGGAAAAUGGCACUUGUGCCACAGUAUGGCCAUUAUGGAAAGCAUCAGACGAUGACAUGAAACUUGCAGACCUUGAACAAACCUUCCAUAGUGCACGGCCUUUGUCAUUCAAAGAUAUAGUUCUCACAUCAGCAGAAAACAAACAUUUUAGGCACUGCUUAACACACUGUGUUCUCCGUAUUAUUGUUAAUCACAGCAGCGGCCAUUUUGAUCACUUCCACAAAAUGCUUGAAGACUCUCAGCCGACAACCAAUUGCAAAAUAGAGGUGCACAAAACCACUCUUCACCCACUAUCAGCUAUGGACAUUGAUGAAUCUACAAUUGUAGGGAAUAGUGAGGUGGUAGAAGCCAUUAUGGAUGAAAUCGGAGUGCAAGCCAAUAAUCCUAUUCACAGUGAGAAACUCAAGAUAUUUGCAGGUGAUCAACUAUCAAUCACUUGCUUGCAAACACUUGCAAACAUUUGUGCUGGUCAUGAAGGAGGUUUUGCGGGAUUUGGAUGGGGGGUAUGGAUGCCAGGGCUAUUUCAUGCCAAAAUGGCCGAUAUGCAUGACCUCCUAGUUACUCACUGGGGUAAACCAAACUCAGGGACACGCAAUCCAGGAUCAUUGUGGUUCCAUAACACACACCUCCAUCACCAUCCUAUUGUGUUGACCUCCUUACCACCUUUCCAUACUUGCAGGGAUUUAGCUUUUGUGUCUCUCUAUGCUCGUGUUCUCCAUUGUUUGCUUCUUGUCAGCUCAAAAACAACACUCGAAGAAUGCGCAAAUGGCAUCAUAUGGGAAAAAUUCAAGGAACAUGCAGAAACUAUUAUAAACAAGCAUACAGAUCACAAACAAGUCACAGCUUUGCAAGAGGAGCGACAAUGGACUGGCAACAAAAAUUCAAUAUCAACCACAGGGGAUAUGGUUUUUGAAAAUGCUGUACUUUUCCUUUGUGAUGCCGUUGUAUCAAGGGAAUUCACUGAUGCUAUCAAGGAGGGUGAUUCUGGGCGCAUGCGAGGGACUGGCCGAACCAAGUAUGCAUAUAAAAUGUUGCAUCUCAUACACAACUUGUCUUGUGUCUGGCCCGAUAAAGUGGUGAAAGUUGUUCUCAAAAAUUGGCUUGUAAAUCCGACUGGAAGGCAACAUAGCUUUCUGGAAAUGGUUGCUCCUUGUGUUGAAUUUCUUUGGCACUUAUCAAAAACAAUGAACUCACUCCUUGGCUCUAAUCAAGGUGUAACUCACAAACCAUUAGAUUUGACCAGAGACAUUCUGGUGCUUAUGGCGAGCCUAAAGGAUCAUGAACUAGACAACAAUGACUUACCAGUUCCAGAUGUCAUUACCACAUGUUUGCAGCGGCUGACAGACACUGUCAGUAACCCAAUUGAAAAAUAUAACAAGUCAUUCAAAAGGCUUCAGGCUCGUCGGUGCCUGCAGCCAAUUGUAGGAUCCUCACCUGCAAGUAAUAUCUCCAUUGUGGACAGAGUCCCUGACCUGCAGCCGAGUCAGCUGGUGGAAAAUUAUGUGCACACUGCAGGAGUGGUAGCCCUUGACAAUGAUGAAAUUGAAGAAGAGGGCAAGUUUGCAAAAUCGGCUAGGGAGGAUGAAAUUGAAGGGACAUUAACACUUGAACGGCCCAAAGAUGUUUCAUUGGACAUGGAUGCAGAGGACCUCUGCGCAUGUGAGGAAGACAUAUUUGAGGAAAGCAAGACUGAAGAGGGGACAGACAUUAGAGAGGCCUCAGAAUUAGAUGAUUCACAGUCAGACAGGUCAGAAAUGUAA